CGGGGGAGCAGUUCACGGGGCCUUCCCGGCACCCGUAGCGCGGCCCGAGCGGCGCAUGCCGGGAGCUGGGGCAGCGGCCCAGCGCGGGAAGCUCGCAGGCUCUUCUGUUUGGGCCCUUCCUCCGCUCGCAGGGUCAGCGAGCACCCGGGGUCGCGCACGUUGGGGACUGUCACAUGUGCGAAAGACACCGCGGUCCAUGCUGGGGUGGGCGGGGUUUGAGGAGGAGGCCGCAGUGCGUGCUGGGGAGUGUAGUCCCAGCGUAUGGCGGGAACAGCGCAAGUGCACCUCAGGCCAGCCGCAGUUACAGAUACCUAACCACCAAGGAGCACUUCCAUGAAUUCCUGGAAGCCAAAGGGCAGGAGAAGCCCAGCCAGGAAACCGAGGCUGGAGACCCUGCUGGCAAUGACCUGGCUGAGCCUGAGGCCAAGCGGAUCCGGCUGGAGGAUGGGCAGACGGAGGACGGGCAGACAGAGGAGGCUGUUGAGCCUCGGGAGCAGCCACAGGCUCAGAAGAGGGCCCGGGGUCAGAACAAGUGCCGGCCCCAUGUGAAGCCCACCCACUAUGACAAGAACAGGCUCUGCCCCUCCCUGGUCCAGGAAUCCGCCGCCAAGUGUUUCUAUGGCGACCGCUGCCGCUUCCUGCACGACGUGGGCCGCUACCUGGAGACCAAGCCAGCUGACCUGGGCCCCCACUGUGUGCUCUUUGAGACCUUCGGCAGGUGCCCUUAUGGUGUGACUUGCCGCUUUGCCGGGGCCCAUCUGGGGCCCGAGGGCCAGAAUCUGGUGAAGGAGGGGUUGGCCCAGGCCCCGCCCGUCCGCAAUGGCCUGGACAAGGUCCUGCAGCAGCAACUGCGAAAGCGCAAGAUCCACUUCAAGCGUGCAGAGCAGGCACUGCGCCAGCUGAGCAAGGGCCAGCUGCCAGGCCCCACUCCCGAAGCCACUGUCCCCGAGGUCAUGGAGGCUGAGGGUGCCCCAGGGCAGGACAACUGUGAUGCCCAGCAGGCCCCCCAGGGGCCGGGCACCGUUGCCCCUCCCAGUGGCCCUUUAAGGACCUGCGGGCCCCUGACAGAUGAGGAUGUAGUCAGGUUGCAGCCCUGUGAGAAGAAGCGGCUGGACAUCAGUGGCAAACUGUACCUUGCCCCCCUCACCACGUGCGGGAACCUGCCCUUCCGGCGGGUCUGUAAGCGCUUUGGGGCGGAUGUGACGUGCGGGGAGAUGGCUGUGUGCAUCAACCUGCUGCAGGGCCAGACGUCUGAGUGGGCCCUGCUCAAACGCCACCCCUGCGAGGAUGUCUUUGGUGUCCAGGGCCAGUCAGGGAGGGCCCCUCACCCACUGCCCGGCCACCCGCCACAGCUUGAGGGCGCCUUCCCCGACACCAUGACCAAGUGUGCCGAGCUGCUGAACCGCACCAUCGAGGUGGAUUUCGUGGACAUCAACGUCGGCUGCCCCAUCGACCUCGUGUACAAGAAGGGCGGGGGCUGCGCCCUCAUGAACCGCUCAGCCAAGUUCCAGCAGAUCGUCCGCGGCAUGAACCAGGUGCUGGACGUGCCGCUGACCGUGAAGCUCCGCACGGGUGUCCACGAGCGCGUGAAUCUGGCCCACCGGCUGCUGCCCGAGCUGCGGGACUGGGGGGCCGCGCUGGUCACGCUGCACGGCCGCUCGCGGGAGCAGCGCUACACCAGGCUGGCCGACUGGCGGUACAUCGAGCAGUGCGUGACAGCAGCCAGCCCCAUGCCCCUUUUCGGAAACGGGGACAUCUUGUCGUACGAGGACGCCAACCGCGCCAUGCAGACUGGCGUCGCUGGGAUCAUGAUCGCCCGCGGCGCCCUGCUCAAGCCGUGGCUGUUCACGGAGAUCAAGGAGCAGCGGCAUUGGGACAUCUCGUCGUCUGAGCGCCUGGACAUCCUGCGGGACUUCGCACACUACGGCCUGGAGCACUGGGGCUCGGACACGCAGGGCGUGGAGAAGACGCGCCGCUUCCUCCUUGAGUGGCUCUCCUUCCUGUGCAGGUGGGAUCGGGGUGGCGGGGUGGGGUGUCUUGGGGAGGCCCGGCCCAACCCCCUCCCCGGCGCCCCCGUCCACAGGUACGUGCCCGUGGGCCUGCUGGAGCGGCUCCCGCAGAGGAUCAACGAGCGGCCACCCUACUACCUGGGCCGCGACUACCUGGAGACGCUCAUGGCCAGCCAGAAGGCGGCUGACUGGAUCCGCAUCAGUGAGAUGCUGCUGGGACCCGUGCCGCCCAAUUUCGUCUUCCUGCCCAAGCACAAGGCCAAUGCCUACAAGUAGCCGCAGGGGCGGGCGGGGGUGUCUGAGCGGCCAGCGGGCUCCCCAAGGAAUGAGAAGGCAAUAAAUUUUAUUCUUUUAAAACCCAG